AUGGCUUCAGAGUUGGACUACUACGAGCUCCUUGGCCUGACAGGACAACGGCAGGCACAACAUAUUCCAGUGGACGAACUCAGGCAUGCUUACAAACGAACGCUGCUCGCCCAGCAUCCGGACAAGAAAGGAGCCGCCUUGCUACCGCAGGGGAAAGAUGCCAACACCUCUAUCGAUGAGAUCGCCGAGGCCUAUAGAGUUCUUGGGGAUGCCAAGCUGAGAUCGGAGUACGAUCGCCGGCGCAGCAUUCGUAAAGGGCCUGGCAAUGAAGCUGAGGACACUCGACAUGCCGGGAUGGAGACCGUGGACUUGAGCGACCUUGAGGUUGACGAGAAGUCGGAGCAGUGGAUCCGAUCGUGUCGUUGUGGCAGCGAGCCAGCCUUUGUGGUCACGGAAACGGAGCUUGAAAAGAACAUCGAAUACGGCGAGCUCAUCACAGGCUGCAAAGGAUGCAGUCUUUGGCUGAAAGUCUUGUUCAGCGUCGAAGCCUGA